AUGCAUAGAUCCAUAUCACAAUCAACACAGUUGCCCAAAAUAUCUCCGUGUCCACGUACCCAAGUAAGUACGGCAGUUGAAUGUCUCGCCAUUCUAUUUGUUGCAGUCGUUCUUAGGACUAGUACUAUCUGGAUUGCCAUUCUCCUUAAUACCUUCUCGAAUAGCAUGCAAUUUAAGCAUUUAUCUAGUGAUUUCCACCAUACAGAGAAUAAUAUGGCCUUCCUCGAGACAUGUAUUGCCGUUAAGGCUUUGGAUGUCCUUGCUAGAGUAUUGGGUUUGGGAGAUAGUUUACUUUCCAAGAAUAACUCCCAAAGUGAUAUUGCGGUCAGAUCGGGAGAUACGGAGUUGGAGCUCUAUAAUGUCUACAUUCCGCCAGUAGCCAGUUGUCCAACAGGCUACCAUCCCGACAUUAGGACCUUACUAGAUGGUGAUACUCGUUUGGUCCUAGGGGAUUUUAACGCUCACCAUCAGCUCUGGCACUCAAGUCUUGGGGAAGACCAGAGAGGAGCGUCACUGGCGGAACAGAUUGACGAAUCCACCUUCUGCACACUAAAUGAUGAUGCCCCCACACGGAUUAUGGGUAAUUGCGCAAGUUCGCCAGACAUCACCAUAGCGAGUCCUGGUCUGAUUAACUGCACAACCUGGCGUGCAGUUAUUUCUCUAGGAUCAGACCAUUUACCCAUAAUCGUUUGUCUGGAUAGACCCAACGAUUUCAUCGUCUCUGAAUGCUUCAGAGAAUUUACCGACCGCAUCUUCAAUGGUCUACCGAUUCCCUCCAACGUACACAAAUCAGAGAGGAAGUUUCGCGAAACCAUCACAGCAGCAGCCGCUCGCUUCAUUCCCGCUGGUAGAAUAUCCGUAGUGCGACCUCACUUCCCAGCAGAAGCAGCGGGACUCGCAGAUGAGCGUGAUGACAUCCGAAGUACCAACCCUGACGACCCUAGGAUCGCCCAGCUGAACCGCGAUAUCAGCAGGUUGGUAAAUGAGGACAAGCGAAACAAAUGGUUGGAUCAUUUGAAGAACUGCAACCUAAGUUCUGGAGUUGGCAAGUUGUGGUCCACAGUUCGGUCUCUCUCCAAUCCAACUAAGAAGGAUGAUAGGGUCGCGAUUAAGUUUGCAGAUACCACCAUAUCCGACCCUAAACGGUGCGCGCGAGCUUUUUGCCGACAAUUCAUUGAGCACCCCGAGAGAGACAAGGCGAAAUGA